GUCGACCAAUGGCCUCCGACCGAGAAGCACGCAGCGCCAUGGGGCUCUCCGCGUGGAUCGUCAAAGGCCACCUACCGCCGCUCCCAGCGACAGUCAGCCGUGCGCGCCGUCUCUUGCCCGCGCCGCCACGCCACCGCCGGCCGCGACCGCCCAAGUCGUGCGUCUUCUCGCCUGCUCAGAACGCACAGUGGGCCGCCACACUGCGCGUGCUACACAUCUUCCGAGCGCUCUAUGGCCACCUCCGUGUGCCGCAGUCGUUUACGGUGCCUUCGCAUGAUCUGCGCUGGCCGCGCGAUCUCUGCGGCGCGCACGUCGGGCACAUGGUCAAGAACCUCCGCGCCCGCGCCAAGCACUGGGUCGGACCCGCCGCCCAGGAGCGCGUCGCGACGCUGGACGCGCUUGGCUUUGUCUGGGCGCUGCGUGCCCGUGGCCCCUACAACACCUAGUUGUUCUCAUUCUUCUAGUACGUGGCAGCGCCACGAGGCGGAACCGAGUUCGAAAAUACACUUAUACAUUUGCAUACGACA